CCUAUUCCAUUCUCCACCGCUAGAAAAACUCCACAUUUCCUCCGGACACCGCCUGCACUCGCGCUUUUCGUCCCCCCAUCGCAUGCGACGCUGAUCAUCUCGAAGUAAGGAAAAAAAUGGUGGAGCGGAAGGAGCACCGCCGCCGCCUCCUCCUCGCCCUCUUCUUCUUCUUUCUCGGCUUCCGCCGGAUCAAAUGCCGAUCGGACACUUCCUCCGAAGACGCAGACGCCAUGUUUGCUCUUGCGCGAGCCCUCUCCGGUCUCCCCUCCUCCUGGAAGCCCGGCUCCGACCCCUGCUCCUGGGAUGGCGUCAGCUGUUCCGCCGGCCGCGUCACCGGCAUCAACCUCGCUUCCCGCGGCGUCUCAGGCUCCCUACCUCCCUCUAUCGGCUCCCUCUCGGCGCUUACCACCCUCAACCUGCCGCGCAACCGCCUCUCCGGCCCUCUCCCGCUCCUUCCCAACCUCUCCUCCCUCCAAUCCGUCUCCUUCGAGGACAACGCUUUCGAGUCGCUCCCCGACUCCUUCUUCGCCGGACUCAUCGACCUUCAAUCCAUCACCCUCGACAACCUCCCCCUCGCGCCGUGGAGCCUCCCCCGCGACCUUGCCUCCUCCGCCGGCCUCGUUGAGCUAUCCGCCGCGAAUUGCUCUCUCUCCGGCUCCAUCCCUGUCUUCCUCGGCUCCCUCCCCAGCCUCCGCGUUCUCCGUCUCGCUUACAAUCAACUCUCCGGCACCCUACCCCCUUCUCUUGCUGGCUCCGGCCUCCAGCAACUCUUCCUCAACAGCCAGCAGUCUUCCAGCUUGCUCUCUGGUCGCAUCGACGUCAUUGGCGCCAUGCCUCAGCUAAUCGUCUUCUGGAUUCAGUCCAACGCCUUCACCGGCCCCAUUCCCGACGUCUCCAACCUCACCGCCCUCGAGUCCUUCAACGCCCGCGAUAACGCCCUCACCGGCGUCGUCCCUGCCUCCUUCGCCGCCUCCCUCACCCUCAAGAACGUCUCCCUCUCCAAAAACAUGCUCCAGGGCGCUUUCCCGCAGUUCGCCAGCAAAUCCGUCUCCGUCGACAUCGACAAGGGCAAUCAAUUCUGCAGCCCGGCACCCGGUCCCUGCGAUCCCCGCGUCACCAUGCUGCUCGACAUCGCCGCCGGGUUCGGCUACCCCCUCCUGCUCGCCAAGUCGUGGAAGGGCAACCAGCCCUGCGGCGCCAACUGGCUCGGCGUUACCUGCGACGCGCAGGGCAACGUCAUCGUCCUCAACUUUGCUAACCAGCACCUGGGCGGCGAGAUCUCGCCGGCCUUUUCCAAUCUCACCUCGUUGCGGCAGCUGUUCCUCAGCAGCAACGACCUCGUCGGCUCGAUUCCCGCGAGCUUGACGCAGCUCCCGCAGCUCCAGCUGCUGGACGUCACCAACAACAGCCUCUCGGGCAAGGUGCCCACCUUCCGCACCUCUGUCACGCUCAAGCUCGAAGACAACCCCAAGCUCGGAGACGACUCUGGCUCUCUGUUCAGCUCAACGUCGUCCCCUGCAGCCCUGAUUGUUGGUUUGAUCGUCGCCUUCGUGGUUCUCCUUGCUUGCGCAGCAGCAUUGCUCUUCCAUUGCCGCAAGAAGAAUCAAAGCAAGAAAUUUGAGCGCAUAGCGUCCGAUUCAACGUCAUUCAAGAUCGGAUUGGAUGGAUUGAGCAAAGGCAGUGGAGGCAUUUCCUCGGGAAGCAUCACGAGUUCGGAUCAAUACUCCACUGAAGCUCAAAGCAUGCACAUCUCAAUUCAAUCCCUUCGAAGGGCCACCGACAACUUCAGUGACGCCAAUAUCUUGGGCAGAGGAGGGUUUGGCUUAGUGUACAAAGGCGAUCACAAUGGAACGACGAUCGCCGUGAAGAGAAAUGGAUAUGACAGUAUGGGCAACAAGGGACAUGAGGAAUUCAAAGCAGAAAUUGAAGUUCUUAGAAAGGUUAAGCAUAAGAACUUAGUCGCACUUGUUGGUUUCUGCGACGAUGACCGUGAGAAGCUUUUGGUGUAUGAGUACAUGGCCGGAGGAACCCUGACGGAGCACCUGUUCCAGUGGGAGAGUAGCGGCGAGCCACCGUUGAAUUGGAAUCAGCGGCUCGUCAUUGCUCUGGAUGUUGCUAGAGCAAUAGAAUACUUGCAUAGCCUUGCUCAAGAAAGUUACAUACACAGAGAUCUAAAACCUUCUAACAUACUCUUGGACAAGGAUUUGAGGGCCAAGGUUUCGGAUUUUGGACUAGCGAAGCUUGCCGCCGAUGAUCAAAAGUCCAUGCAGACCCGACUAGCCGGCACAUUCGGGUAUCUUGCACCUGAAUAUGCAACCACAGGAAGGGUGUCGACUAAGGUUGAUGUGUAUGCAUUCGGCGUGAUAUUGAUGGAGCUAAUCACCGGAAGGAAAGUUUUAGACGAAUCGCAACCUCCUGAGGACAUCCAUUUGGUGGCGUUAUUCCGCCGGAGAUUUUCCCAUGAAAAGGACAAGUUCUUAACUGAGAUGAUGGAUCCAACUCUUGAACUCAAUGAGGAAGCUAAAAAAAACUGGGCAGAAGUUGCUGAUUUAGCAUGGCACUCGACAGCCCGAGAGCCUCACCAGAGGCCCGACAUGAGCCAUGCUGUCAAUCGACUAGCUCCUCUAGUCAACCACUGGCAACCAACUAACUAUGUCGACGAAGAUGAUGAUGAUGAGCCAAGCAUGAACCUGACAAAACGGAUGGAGCAAUGGCAGUAUAACGAUACCACUUCAACAAGUACAUUCGACUCCAGCUUGAAGUGAAAGUCCAGCUCUAAAUCUGAAUAGGAUUUUCUGAAAGUUUGCAAUACUAAAGUUGCAAGAGGAAGAAGAUAAAGUUUGAGACGAAGUCAUGGUAAACUAUACACUGCCAUGACUAACUAAUUAAAUUUUACUUUGCAAAAAAAAAUUUUGACUUGUUUUUUUCGUAAGAACAAAUUUUGUUCUUGUCAUUUUCCUUGUAUCAACAAUGUCUCUAGGAGUGUACUGGAAAUUUAAAAGUGGGAAAUGUUAAUUUUGUUAAUUUCAGUG